AUCAGUUAAGAAACUGUACUAGAAAUUUUAGCGCAUGUCCGUUGAUAAAUCUAGACACUCGACGGUUACUCAACUGCUCGUUGUGUAAUACCCUCUCUCGCUAAAAUAUCGCUUAUGUCGCUGGCGAUUCUUAGUUAAAGUUCAAAAACUUUACCAAUCGAAGAGAACAAACAACCCAUGUACACUUAUAAACAUUGAAUUCACAUUACAACACCAGUAAUCUUCAAGAUUCCGACCAGUUUCUGUUGGGUUUUCUUGAGAUCCGAAGUUCGUGAAGAGGAAGGAAGAAAAAGAUACAGAAAGCUAUAAUGGAACCUCCGAGAGGGCUUUUGUUGCAUCUGUGGAACUUCAUCUGUUUCUUGCCUUACUUCAUUGGCCUUCUGCUUGUUGGCUUUCUCAAAGGCGCCAUUGUUGCCCCAAUAGUUUGUGUUCUUAUGACAACUGGAAAUUCCGUGAUUGUUCUCGGACUCUGGCCAGCGCAUGCUGUCUGGGCUUAUUUUUGUAUUUUAAGUGCUAAACGAUUAGGUCCAGUGAUGAAGCUUUUGGUCUGUAUACUGGUUGCACUGCCCUUGGCUUUAUGGCCUGUUUGCGUUGUUGUGGGUAGCAUUCUUGGUGGCUUAGCGUACGGCUUUCUUGGACCUGUUUUUGGCACUUUUAAAGCCGUCAGUGAAGGAAAAACCGAUAAGUUUCACCAUUGUGUCAUCGAUGGAACAUGGGAUACUAUCAAAUGGAGUUUAACUUUCGUUAGGGACUUAUCGGAUGUAUGUCUGUAUUCCUACUUCUCAGUGAUGGAUGAUCUCCGGAAACAAGACCCUCCCGAUGGUAGAAUUGAGAUCAGGGUGGCUUAUGUUCCUGUAGCAAUUUUGGUCGGGGUUCUAGGGUUUGCAGUUGAUUUUCCGGUGAUCACAGUUAUGGCGGCGCUAAAAAGCCCAUACAUGUUGCUAAAAGGGUGGCACCGUUUAUUUCACGAUUGUAUCGGUCGAGAAGGACCCUUUUUGGAGAGCAUAUGUGUGCCAUUUGCAGGUCUCGCUAUCUUAUUGUGGCCUUUUGCAGUCGCCGGAGCUUUGUUAGGAUCCAUGGUGGCUAGCAUCUUACUUGGCUUUUAUGCCGCCGUCGUUGCCUAUCAGGAGUCAUCUUUCUAUCUGGGGCUUUGUUAUGUGGUAGCUGCAUUAUCGAUCUAUGAUGAAUACAGCAAUGAUAUUCUCGACAUGCCUGAAGGAUCUUGCUUUCCAAAGCCUAUGUACAGACGGAAUGGUGGUUUGCAACUUGGUUCAAGAACGCCAUCUUUCUCAAGGCCGGCUUCCUUCAAAAACCCACCAUCUCGGACUAGUUCAUUCGCGACACCCAUGAUUGAGUUGAAGCCAUUGGUGUUGCUUGAUAGCUUAUUUCAAGAAUGUCGUCGACAAGGUGAAAUUAUGGUUUUGGAAGGAUUAAUAACAGUUAAAGAAAUUGAUGAUGCAAAAUCCGGCAAGGCUAGUGGAAGAGUGAUUAGUGUCGGUCUCCCGGCUUAUUGUCUCUUCCAAGCACUUCUACGGUCUGCAAAAGCCAAUUGUACUGGUAUAUUAAUAGAAGACAAUGUGACGGAGAUAACUAGUGCAAAUAGGCCAAAAGAUACGUUCUAUGAUUGGUUCUUGAAUCCACUUUUGGUCAUCAAAGACCAGAUUAAAGCUCAAAAUUUGGAGGAAUUGGAAGAGGAUUACUUGGGGAAACUAGUUCUAUUGAGUGGUGAUGCUGAGAAGUUGAAAAACUCAGACAUUGGUCCACCACCGGAGUCCGAGCUAAGGAGGGCUGAACUUGAUGCAUUGGCCCGAAGACUUCAAGGAAUCACAAAGUCGAUAUCAAGAUACCCGACAUAUAGGAGACGUUUUGAGAACAGCAUAAGGGCGAUAUUGGAAGAACUUGAUCGAAAAAAUGGCAAGGGGCGUCGAUCGGCAUCGGGAUCUGGAUCGGAAAGUACGUUUGGUCGGAUGUUUAGUAACCAAAGAUCUUUUAGAACGAAAACGAGUAAUCAAGAAGAUGAUCAAGAGACAGAAAGAGAUGGUGAUGUUGUAUAAUUAGGUUUUACUUUUGUUCUAUCUUGAUCAAAAGGAGGUAACAUGGGUAUUUUAUAUUUGGAUUAUUAGAGGCCUAGAAGGUUAGCAUGUAACCAAAUAGUUUGUAUAUGCAAAAUUUGGCAUGGCAUGUUUGUAUCUAUUUAAGCUCCCUGUAUUGGAG